UCACAGAAUCCAAGAGGGGUUGUGCUGUUCUGAGACCAAUUGACUGUGAAUGCUUUGCAGUUCACCUUCAGUUUUGUUCUUAUUUUAUUCGGAGUUCUUUACUACAUCUCUGUUUUUCCAUUGCUCUCUUUUAGAGACCUUAAGGGUGAAAGCUAGCAGGGAAAAAAAAAGAAACCCCAAAAAGGAAAAUAAUAACAGUUUAAGCUGCCAGCAAACCAAAAUACGCUCUGAAGACAUACAAUAUUCUAUGGCAGAUUUCAGAGAUAAGCUUUAAAGGAACAAGAUGAUGAAGAUUUAAAGGUCCAAGAGAAGAGCAGGUUUUAUAGGCAAGAAAACUGCAACUACUUGUUAAAUUCCUCCUGUUUGGAGAAACAGGGCAGAUCUGAGGGUCUGACAGUGCCAGACAAGCCAGAGCUUUGGGAAGGGGAGUGACUUGGAGAAGUUUGUGUCGUCCCCUUCCUGUUUUCCUCUGAAAAUCUCUGGGAGCCAACCCAAGGGUUCUCCUGCUGUGAAAAGGCACCUGGGGGCUGCAGCUGCUGGUGGUACUGACCAGACAGCACAAAGUUCUGUAGGAUCGCGUUGCUACAUAUCUGUGCCAUUUGGACCACAGAGGAUAUGGCAAAAGGAAGGAAGAAGAAUGUCCCAAAAGCAGCUGAAAGAAGCCUUUGUCAGCAACCUGAACGGAACGAGUUUGCUGGAAAUUUCCGCAGGUUUGUCCCUGCUUCCGCUGUGCCUGCUCUGCAGAGGGCUCCUCCUGAUCCUGUACUACCUGCACCAUGGAAAACCUGUAAGCUCAAGGAAGUACAGCCUGCUGCUGGACUUCCUGGUGCUGGUGUCUCCUCUCGUGUUCUCCUGCACUGUCUUGUCUCCAGUCAUCUUUUUCAUACCAGUUAUCCUUGCUGCCUUCUGUGCCGGAAUAUUUUCCAAAAUAUACAGCCAGACAAGGGAGGCCAGAGUGCCCUUUGGGCAAAUUGUAAAAGAAUUCCAGAAGGCACACUUGGACCCCGAGUGCAUUCCAGCAAUAACUGUGUUCCGUGUUUACAUCAACGUGCUGACGUCCAUCAGCAUUUUGGCCGUGGAUUUCCCGCAGUACCCCCGGCGAUACGCCAAGGCCGAGACCUACGGCACCGGAGCCAUGGAUUUGGGGGUGGGAGCCUUCAUCUUUGGAAAUGCUCUCGUGUGCCCUGAGGUUCGGCAGAAGCCUCACGGGACACAGCCCAGGCUCUCCGGUCUGGCCAGGCAGGUGUUUUCCGUGUGGCCGCUGAUUGCCCUUGGCGCUGGGCGGCUGCUGAGCGUUAAAUCCAUCGAGUACCACGAGCACACCUCGGAGUACGGCGUGCACUGGAACUUCUUCUUUACCUUGGCACUGGUGAGACUUGCAGCCUCUCUGCUUUUAGCCAUAUUCCCCAAACACAAGGCUUGGCUUGUGGCUCUAGCUGUGGCUGUACUUUACCAGCUUCUCCUCAGCACGACCUCCCUGAAGAUGUUCAUCCUGCACGGGAGCGACGGCAGGGGCUCCCGGCUCGGCUUCCUCAAUGCCAACCGGGAAGGGCUCUUCUCCCUCUUUGGCUACCUGGCCAUCUACCUGGCGAGCGUGCAGGUGGGGCUGUGGCUGCUGCAGCGCAGGAGCUCGGUGAGGGGCUGGCUGGAAGCCCUCAGGGGGCUGGCCCUGGCCGUGCUGGUGCUGUCGGUGCUGCUGCAGCUGUGCCAGGCGUGCACGGAGCCCGUGUCCCGCCGCAUGGCCAACCUGCCCUUCUGCACCUGGGUGCUCGCCCACUGCCUGCUGCUGCUGGGCUUCUUUGUGCUCACUGACCUCGUCCUGGUGUUCACAAAGCUGCUGGUCAAGGGGUCCAGCGUGCCCUGCUGCUGGAAGGUUGUGCAGCCUCCAGAUUCUGGGAAAAAGCAUGGAAAGGAGGCUGUGCUGGUGGGAAGGCAGGACAAGCUGUCACAGCUAUGCCUGAUUAGUGCUAUUAACAAAAAUCAAUUACUGUUUUUCCUGCUAGCGAAUGUUAUGACUGGUGCUGUGAACAUCCUGAUAGACACAAUGCACAGCAAGGCUGCCUUUGCAUUAUGCAUACUGCACUUGUACAUGUUUUUUAACUGUUUAAUUAUGUAUAUAUUACAUGCCAGAAAUAUAGUAUUAAAAUUUUGGUGAUUCCACUUUUGGCUGAGUGGACUAGCUGGACUUUGUUUGCUGUUGAAUGAUGGUAUUGAAUGGAAAAAUAAGUAUUUUUCCUGGAUGUGUUGCAAUAAUUUAUAGUUUAGCAGAGCUUUUUAUUAUUUAGUGUUGAUUACUCUUUAGUGGUUCAUUUUACCAAAUUAUACAGUUGAAGAUCUUACCUGUUGGGAGUUGUUGCACAUUAUCCUGAAAACUUAGGUUUGGAGACUGCUGAAUAUUCCUGCUGCUCCUGAGAGUAAAUUGUAUUUACAGUUAGUGAACUGUGCUCAUACCCAACGAAUUAGAUAACAAGGCAGAGCAGAAACUAGAUGAAAAGUAAGAUGAGGAGUAAUUAUAUGGAGAGAGAGGCCUAGCUGUGUCAAGAUUUACCUAGUUAAGGCUCUUGCAUAAAUAAUAGAUAAGAAUAGUUCUUUAUAUAAAAUGUAUUGAAUAAGUGGAUACUUGAAAAUGUUUUGGCCCCAGUCCUGCAAAGACUUAUGCAUAUGCUUGACUUUGAUGGUAGUAAUUGUGGAAUGUUAAUCAUAUACUGAAACCUAAAUUAGCCUUUGAAUUAAAGCUAAAUUUUA